CAUGUUUGUAGGCUGUGUGUACACCGAUACGAAAUAGAUGAACCAAAUCGUCAAAUCUACCUGCCGACAUGCGAAAAUGUUUGAAAUGCAUUUCCUCGUCCAUGUCUCUCACGAAGAAACUCAGCACAGUGGUAUAGAAACCCCACCGCCAACUCGCGUUUUGGCGCACACAAACGCAUGCUCGCUACGGCGUAGAGCGACGCAGAAGUGAAAAUCAGGGCUACGGCGUAGGCUGUCGCGUAGCCCGUACGCACAAGUAUAAAUCAGCCUUAAAUAAGCCUAAUCGAUGUAGUAUAUUUGCAUUUUCGAUUGGCCAGCCUCCUGUGGAACAAUCAAGUUGAAUAAUAUAGUGAUGGGCUGAAAAUCAGUUAUCAGAGAAGAAACCAAUCAUUCCUUGAACUUUAACUAGUGGGGUACUGCCAUAAUUAGUUGAGCCUCAGCUAUUCACAAUCUAUAUUAAUUCAGCUGUGGGAACCAAACGCCAUAUUUCCGAGUUUGUAGUCAAUGCAAAACUAGGAUAAUCGAAUCCACAAUGGUGACUCUGCGUGACAUGCUCGAACAGAUGCUCAGACAGAUGGAAGUAUUAAAUGAAGGAAUAGAACCCCAAUUCAUUCAGUUAGCUAAAAACUUUGAAGAGUGUCGACGACAGUGGCAAAAGACUCAGCUGGAACUGUCGUGUGCUACAGAGCGCCUAACCAAAGCUGAAACAGAGCGGAAUGCCCUUGAUGUCAAGCUGAAGCAUGCUCGUAACCAGGUUGACGUGGAGAUGAAACGUCGUCAGAAGGCAGAAACAGAGUGUGAGCGGCUGGAACGACAGAUUCAGCUAAUCCGAGAGCUCCUCAUAACAGAAGGCUCGACCAGCAUUCAGUUAAAUGAAGAACAGAAGUCUGCUCUUGCUUUUCUCGACCCCAAAUGCUCAAAUUCUAAUGGAUAUGCAUCCAACAGACGACUGUCCACAAUUGAUGAGUCCGAAUCAUUUCAAUCCGACAUUAGUUACGACAAGACUGAUGACUCAAUGGACUGGGAUUCCUCCAUUGUUAAGACUGUCAAGUUAAAGAAAAGAGAGAAAAGACGUUCUUCCAGAGUUCUUGUUGAUGUCCAGCCAGGACCAGCUAAACGGUCACGAUCAACUGAAAAGGUAAACGAUUCUAUUGUGGCUAAAACAACUCUGACAUUGUCUAAUAAUGGUGGACCAAUUGAGGCAGUUUCCACAAUUGAGACUGUGCCAUACUGGACGAGAAGUAGACGUCGAACAGCAAAUCUGAAGGUACAGGAACUUGAUGCCAUUUCAGACACCCCUUCUACCACGCCGUCAACUACCAAUGGAUAUGAUCAGUGUGGUACACCUCAGACUAAUGGAGGAACAAAAACUCAUGAGUUUGUUUCCAAGACGGUGAUCAAGCCUGGGUCAUGCGUUCCUUGUGGAAAAAGGGUCAAGUUUGGGAAGUUGGCCUUGAAAUGUCGAGACUGCAGAGUUAUAUCUCACCCAGAGUGCAGAGAUCGCUGUCCACUCCCUUGCAUCCCAACCAUGUCAGGAACACCUGUAAAAAUUGGAGAGGGAGUGUUGGCUGAUUACAUCUCUCAAACAUCACCUAUGAUCCCUUCUAUUGUGGUACUUUGUGUCAAGGAAAUUGAGCAGAGAGGCUUGUCUGAGAGUGGUCUAUACAGAAUCUCUGGGUGUGAUCGCACAGUGAAAGAACUGAAGGAGAAGUUCCUGAGAGGGAAGAAUUUGCCCCUACUCAGUAAAGUGGAUGACAUUCAUGCUGUCUGUGGGCUUCUGAAGGACUUUCUAAGGAAUUUGAAGGAGCCCCUUAUCACUUUCAAACUGUAUUCAGCAUUUGUGAAGGCAGCAGAAAUCCCUGAUGAAGAUAAUAGCAUUGCAGCAAUGUACCAGACAAUUAGUGAGCUGCCACAGCCCAACAGGGAUACUUUGGCAUUUCUGAUAAUUCACCUGCAAAGAGUAGCUGAUAGUCCAAACUGCAAGAUGAACAUAGCCAACCUUGCCAAGGUCUUUGGCCCAACAAUUGUUGGUUUCUCGACGCCUGAUCCAUCUCCUGUGUCAAUACUGCAGGAAACCAAGCAACAACCAAAGGUGGUUGAGCGUCUGCUAUCUUUGCCAAUGGAAUACUGGAGCCAGUUUACAAUGGUGGAACAGGGGAAUGUGCAUCCAAAUCACAUAAUUGAAAAUUCCAAUGCUUAUAGCACUCCUGAAGUAAAAGGUCCCCAAACAGUCCUUCCAGUAAGCAUGCUUGGACCACUAACCACCCCCGAGCACCAAAUGGUUGGCAAGACUCCUUCAUCCAGCUCUUUAUCAGCACGAGUCAAAUCCAGUCUGACCAAGACCACUCCCAAGUUUGGAAGCAAAAGCAAAUCAGCUAUCAACUUCAAUCGAACUGGAACCUUUUUUGCAUCUCCAACGUAAAAAUAAUUGAAAAUUAAUUAAUAUAUCUCAAAGUUCCUAGGACCAUCACAUUGACCAAUUCUGUGUUAACUGCUGUUUUUAUUAUCAGCUACAUAAUACAACUAUUUUAAUAUGAUAGAAUAUACUUUCCAUAUGGCUUUAAAUAUAGUUGAUGUAGUUAAUGGUGGUACUUUGUUUAAAAAUGCUGAGACUUUUUAAAUGGCUACAAUGUUCGUAAAACCAUUGCUAACCAAUAUUGUGUCGGUAGAAACUAACACUAAUAGGUGAGGGAAAAAAGCUUGUUUCUCAGUCUAAGACUUUGAGAGCUGUUAAAUGCAGGAUGGGAGAUACUGACAGCUAAAUCAAAAGAUUAAUCCAGGAGAUAAUGCUGCUGCCUCUAUAUUGCCUUAAGGGCAACACAAAUAUACUUAUGUGAUAGGUAGUAAUAUGCUUCUAUAAUGUGGUGGUAAUAUUGUGCUGAAUUAUUGAAUACAUUCAAUGCCCAAGUAGAAUAUUUUGACCAAAAGUUAAAGCACAUUGUCUCUGAAUUGUGCAGACACGAUUCUAGAUUGUUGCAAUAUUUAUCAAGAUUUUAUACAGCAUGUAAAUACCUUUUCCUUGUAUUUUAAAUUUUUUUGGUUAUUUGCAUUAUGGCAAUUAUAAAAUGGCCUGCAUCAAAGAUUCCCUGUCCUCUUGAAAUUUGCCUUACCAGUACCGUAACAUAAUUUUGUCAUCAAGUGUAUUUGUUGAGCUGUGGUAAAACAUGUUCUUGGAAACUUUAAGAGCCAAUCAUGUUAACUAAUGAAAGUUAAGUCUCUGAAUUGCUCAUAACCAAUUGAGAAUGUCUGUGGAAGAUCAUUGCUGAUUCAUUGAUGAAUGGUAAAAUUGAAUGCAUUCUUAAAUGGUAAAGUGUGCUUUGUAUGUAGUUUUCACCAUCAUGUUAUGCCCCAAUAUUUCAAGAGUUUCAGUUUUAAUUACAACAGUGAAGAACUCUUGUGUUUGCUUUUUUUUUCAUCUAUUGUGGAAUCACUUCAUUCUGUGAAAUUUGUUUUCUACUUAUCCUCAAGUAAUUGAACUAAAUAGUCUGAAGUUGCUUUAUUUUGAUAAAUUGUGACACAGAGCAAUGCACUUUCACAAUGCUAUCAUGUGCUAUUCUGAAGUAUUUUGUGUGUACAAGUGCUUACAGGUUGAUUCGUGGGCCCAAAUCCACUUCAUUGAGUAUUGGUCUGCCCUUCAGAAGACUUCACAUUAUUCUGCAAAACUCUUCCAAAUGCUGUUGAUGCUCCAUGCCAUCUGCUUCUCAUCAUUGGCUAACCCUGUCAACAUAACUUUUUUUCUCCAUCAAUUAUGAUCUGGCUGAUCCUUAAAAGCAUCUGAUUUCCUCCAGCCAUUCCAGCAAUCCUGUGGGAGAAGUAUCGGCCUGACCUACAUAUUUCCAGUAUUUUGUGUUUGUUUAUUUUCAACUCAUGUUAAGUAGUAUUUGGCAAUAUAUCUCCUUUUAUUGUGGAACUUCCCCAUUAGUGGAAGUAGUUACCCCAUGAAGCUGCUUUGUGAUUUUAAAAAUUCCCAUCAGAUAUUCGUUCCAACCUCAAACCAGCAUCCUUUUCGAGUGAAGGGCUCCAUGUUCUACUUUUCCUGCUAGUUAAAGCCACUUUGUUCUGGUAUCCUUGUGCAAUGCACACACCUGAUGAAGGGUCUCUGCUCAAAACACUCUUUAUUUCCAUCCAUUGAUGCUGCCUGACUUGCUCUGCUCUUCCAGCAUCUGCAGUACCUCCUGUGUCUCUGGUAUCCUUGUACUAUUUUGUAACUUUCCUAGUCUCAUUUGGACAUUCCAUACAGACAAUUUUCAUGUGGCUUACCCCAGAUAGUGCCCCUCAGAAAUAAGUAUUUUGUUGCAUUCCUUCUUAACUGAUGAACUACUAUUGACUUGGAAAUCUCCAACAAAAGAUCUGUUGUUGAUCUCCCUGCGUUUUUCUCCUUCCUUCAGUAUAUCGGAGUAGAUAAGCAUUUGAAUAUUUUGUGAAACAAUAAAAACAUAAUGGAAUGCUUUAUGCUGUCUUUUUAGUAUCUGGGGGCAGUCUCUCAAGAUAGAUACAUUUCUAUUGAUCCUUUCCCAGGUUUUUAUAUUUAAUCUGAUCUGAACAUUGGGCUAUGUGCUGAACCUCGCACAUGGUUCAUAAUUCAUCCAAUUGCAAAAAUCAUUCUCAACCUGUAGGUACUGAAAUAACAUUAAAAUGGUUAAGUAUCACUUAGCAAAAAUGUAGGAUACAAGGAAGAGUGCUGUAAAUGUUCUGAUUUACAAUGGUAUGGCAAUGACACUGAUCAGACCACAUCAUUACUGCAAACCAUUUUAGUGGCACAAUAAAUGGCCUUAAGAGAGUUCAUUUCUGUUACAUCAAUUAGAAGUACUGGCGUCAUAAAACAUAACAUCUUCGUUGGCUGUCUGGUCCAGCUUGGGGAAAAUUUAAAUGCUGUCUG